GUUGGUGCCUGCCGGGAACGGUCAACGCAAAUCUCAUCUCCAGCUCAGGAGGUCAAAGACCAAUAAUUUAGGGAUAUCUCGAGAUUAUUGCGGGAAGGCGACACUGAGAGCUGGCCCGCCGCUAUAUUGCAUGCACCACUAAUACUACAAAUCCCACAAUGCACUGCCAGUGCAUUGCUUGCACUUGCCUUACUCUCUCAUCAGCAUCCUUAUGGCGCUAGUCACAUGUGGCCAACUUUCAGCUAUCCCUCACCCCAAAAAUGGCUGAACGAAAGGUGGACUUUGAAAACAGGGGUUUUCAAGGCAGGUGAGAGGCAGAGUAUAUGUUCGCAGAUAUAAAGGGCAAACCUGUUUGUCUUGUGUGCGGAGACGGUGUGGCUGUAAUUAAAGAAUAUAACCUAAGACGACACUAUGAAACGAAACACCACGACAGAUACAAGCAUCUGGACAAGAAACAGAAGCCCGCGAUGUGCGGUCAAAAGAGUGGAUUGGUGGGCAGGAUCCGGGAGAAGAUGCGGGAGGAAAACGGCGCAGGUGAGCUGACAGCUUAUCACAGCAUCAUACACCAGGAAUCGUUGUGUGGCAAAGCCUUGAAAAUGGAACAUAUAAUGAGCACCAUAACACGAGCAGUUAACUUCAUAAGAGCCAAAGGUUUAAAUCACCGCGAGUUCAAGUCGUUUCUGGAGGAGUUGGGUUCAGAAUAUAAUGAUUUGCCCUAUCACACAGAGGUGCGAUGGUUAAGCCAAGGAAAAGUGCUGAAAAGAUGUUUCGAGUUGCGUGAGGAGAUCUGUCAGUUCAUGGAAAGCAAAGGGAAAGACACAACAGAGCUCCGGGAUAAAAAGUUGCUUUGUGAAAUGGCGUUUCUGUGUGACAUCAUGAGCCAUCUCAAUGCGCUCAACCUGCAGCUUCAGGGUUGGGGUCGUGUGGUCACAGACAUGUACGCUGCAGUGAGGGCUUUUAAAACCAAGCUGCGCCUGUGGGAGACGCAGAUGCUGCAAGAAAACUUGAGCCAUUUUCCGUGUUGCCAAACUAUGAAAGAGCAGGUUUCUACCGCAGUGUUCCCACGUGCAAGGUUUGGUGAAAAACUUAGCAUACUUGGUGCUGACUUCACACGGCGAUGUGCCGACUUUGAAGCCCAAAAAAGCAGGUUUGAACUGCUCAGUAAUCCAUUUGCAGCUGACGUGGAAAGCGCACCAACCAACAAACAAAUGGAGCUGAUUGAACUCCAAUGUAGUGACACACUCAAGGUAAAGUAUGACUCGGUGGGCGCUGCACAGUUUCUACGUUUCAUUCCCGACACAAUGCCCCAGCUGCGUACCCAAGCUGCUCAAAUGCUCUCUAUGUUUGGCAGCACAUAUCUGUGUGAACAACUGUUCUCUUUGAUGAAGAUAAACAGAACAUCACACAGGAGUCGUCUUUCUGAUGAACACCUUCACUCAGUUCUGAGGAUUUCCUCAGCUCAGAGCCUGACUCCAAACAUUGAUAAACUUGCAUCCAAGAUGAGAUGCCAAGUAUCUGGCUUAGACUAGUGUGAAUCACAGAGUGUUGGCCUGUGGAAAAAUGUUUUCAUUAGAAAUUACUCCGGAAAAACUGCAGAUAAAGCCAUAAGAAAUAAAUGCAACUGAUUUUUUUAUUUAUUUAACGUUCAAUGUUGUUUUUAUAGGCAAUAACCUAAGCUUUGUUAGUUCCAGGUUAAUAUGUGUAAUAAAUUCAUUUCAGUAAGUUUUGCAAUAAACUCUGAACCAGUCGGGCCCUCAACUUGUACCGAUUUUUAAAUUUUGGCCCACUGUGUAUUUGAGUUUGACACCCCUGCGUUAGGUUUACAUUUGUGUUUGCUAAUGCUUGAUUCCAAACGGUUUAUUGAUGGAAAAGGUAUGGCUCCCAAAACAAUCUUAGCCGAAAUAGCAUCGUUUCUUUCUCGUUGCCUACUUUCUUGUAAUCUACGUCUGUAAGUUAAUACCAAUCAUAAUAAGAAUGCUUGCUAGGCAAUCUGCUUCAUAAAAAACGAAAUUGGUAAAGUGAAACAGUUUUAGGUAUAGCGGAGACGGAGACUCAUGAGAGCAGGUUGGGAAAAUGAAGGCAAGGAAAGCCGCGGCCCGCAUGAAGUCGCAAUAUUCUCAAUCCGGCCCGUGAUCUAAAAUGAGUUUGACACCCCUGCCGUAGCAGUUUAACUCAAUCUGAUGUUAUGAAUGUGAAGCAACUCUGAGGGGCCGAAGGGUACAAAGUCGCCCCACCUUUUUGAGAAUCGCAAGAUCGCUAUUAAUUCGGGUCUGGGACCCAGGAAAUGAGGGGGGGGGAGAGAGAGA